UACAGCAUCGAUGGGGUGCUACUGCAUAAGUCAGAACCUAUCAAGGGCGCGACAGAGACGCUGAGGUAUCUCCAGCAACACAAGAUCCCGUUUAUUCUUCUCACGAACGGUGGAGGGAAGUCCGAGGAAGCUCGGGUGAGGGAGCUGUCCGAGAAGUUGGGCGUGGAGCUGGACACGUCCAACUUCGUGCAGAGCCACACGCCGUACCAGCUGCUCACCGAGGCUGAUCUCACGCAGGCGAUGGACCCGGAGAACCUGCACGAGUCCACCAUCCUCGUCCUGGGCUCCGAUGCGUCUGCAGCACGCCGCAUUGCACAGGGCUACGGCUUCAAGUCGGUGGUCACGCCAGCCGACAUCCUGGCUGCCUGUCCGCAGAUCUUCCCCUUCGACCCCCUGUCCGAGUUCUACGCAAAGCAGGAAAUCCUCCCCUUGCCAAAGCCCGUCUACGAUCCCCACGACGCCAGGCGAAGGCUGGAGGACUGCCUGAAGAUCGACGCGAUCCUGGUCUUCAACGACCCGCGGGACUGGGCUGUCGACAUCCAGCUCGUCAUGGACCUGCUUCUGUCCCAGCGGGGAUAUCUGGGCACAUACAGCCCCAAGAAUGGCGAUCCUCACUCAGGUGGUGCCGCCGCGGCAUGGCAGUCGGACGGCCAGCCCGCGCUCGUCUUCAGCAACUGCGAUCUUCUCUGGAGCACGGGCUAUCACCUGCCGCGGUUUGGCCAGGGGGCUUUCCGGAAUGCCUUGAGAGCACAGUUCGGCGCAAUUGUGGCACAGGCCGGGGCCGAACCCUACCGUAUGAAGGACUUCACGUUCGGCAAGCCCGAGAGAUCGACGUACCACUACGCGCAAAAGGUUCUGAUGAGGCACUUCCAGGCACUGUGGCAGACCGGCGAGGAUCGCGUCGAGCAUGCUGCCCCCCUCCAGAGCGUCUGGAUGGUGGGCGACAACCCGGAGAGCGACAUCCGCGGCGCCAACAUGUGGAUCGGCAAGAAGGAACCGGACAGCGGGUCUCACGCGUCCGAGGGGCCCGAGUGGAACGCGUGUCUGGUCAGAACGGGCGUCUGGGAUGAGAAAAAGAUGCCCCGUGAACGGCUGGACCCGGCAGCGGUUCCUGAUACCGUGCAGGAUGAUGUCAAGGCCGCAGUGAACCAUGCAUUCGAGAUGGAAGGGUGGCCGGCGAGGGUAGACUAA